AUGGAGCCUCUGCGGCGCGCGUCGGGCGCGUCUGCGCGCUCGGACAAGUCCGCGCUGUCGGACGUGUCCUUCUCGCGGCCGGACAGCCCGCUGCUGCGCCAGAGCGACAGCUUCGCCGAGUCGCAGCAGUGCAGCGCCGACCCCAGCGCCUUCCUCGGGUUUCACGUGCCGCCCAGCGCCGAAGAGAUGGACGUGGCGCUGCCCAAGGGCCCGCAGCCGCCGAGCAAGAAGAAGACAUUCAAGCUGGUGCUGGACCUGGGUCUGGACUCGACGGCGUCGGGGGUGCGACCCCUCCAGAGUCCAGCCAACCCUUUCAGCGAGCUGUUCGCUGGAGACACGCAGGACGAGGAGAAUCUGAUGGCGGCUCGCCCUCCAAUGGUCGCUGAAAAGAAGGAGACGGAGAGGAAGAAGAAUGAUAGUAAGAAGGAGAAUAUGGAGCGGAAGAUGGAGCAUGUUUCUCCUCCCAAGAGACGGCGGCCGAGUGAGGAGGAAAAAGAAGGCGACAGGUCGCCGAGUCCACCGCCGACAAUGUUGUCAUCGAUUGAGAAAGAAUGGAGAGAUCAUAAGCAGAAAGUGGCGAGUGGGAAAGCGGUCACUGCUAGUGGAGUGAAGGAUCGGGAGCAGGAGCAGGAGCAGGAGAGUAAAGUGGAGAGUAACGACGAGACGCGGCUUGACGAUUCGUUGCCGGGGGCGAGUGCGUUCUCGGAGUAUAGCGAGGACCUUGCGCCACGCGUUUUCCAGAAGUUUACGGCGUCUGCAUCGUCGGUGGAGACCCCGGGUGAUAAUGAAAAAGGUGAAAAGAACGCUUCGGUGGAUGGCGACAAGGACCACUUUGACCUGAGUGCGUAUAUAACGGGAGAUAGUGACCGCGAGACAGAUUUCGAGGAGGACUUGGAUUGCACGCAGAAGCUCGAAGAUGAUGAGGAGAAUGUGGAUAUGGACAGCAAAGAUGUGACGCGAACCUUAUGGGCCAGAUUCCACGUUCAUGGAUGA